AUGUUUCGCUUCCAGGAAGGUUCCGGUUUUUUUAAUUCUCGCGAGGAUAAAGGACUGAUGGAUGAUAGGAGAUUACUGAUGAAUGUGACAGAUGCGAAUAUUGGAUUAACAAGUGAUACGGGGCAUUUACCACCGUCCAUAGGCGUAGAAACUGCGUCAGGGCGUCAGCAAGUCAGCGAAAAUUCUCGAUAUAACCCGAUUCCUAUCAGUAGUGUGCAACCAAUCGUAAAUACGCAUUCAUCAUUAUCGCGAAUCAACAGCGCGUUAUCUGAUAGGGACUUAGUUAACCUAGAAUGUACAAGAGGAGGUGGGGCUCUGAUUGCCACGAAAGACUGGUUGAAUUCGACUGAAAUUGAUACAACUGCUGUUAAGAGUGAUAUCCCUUGUAUAGACCUGGUUUCCCUACUGAUGGUUCCCACGACUGUCGACAACAAGGGAAAGCUCUGCUGCAUAAUGUCUGGACAACCUCCAUACGCUCGCGUGUCGUUGACGACUUGGACCAUGCUGAGGCUGGACAUCGUUGGCAUUGCUGAAUACGGAUCGGACCCUCCGCAAGGAAAGGAUAUCGCGUUUCCAUGGGUAGUUGGUGUCUGA